UAGCGUUGAAUUAAAAUACCCGCAAUAAUAUUUCCCAUUUUCAUCUGCUCUUCUCACUGUUCAACUUCUAACAUCCUACUUUGUCUUGACUCACAAAGAUUCAGCCAUAGACUUUGUGCUCGAUGAGAUUUUCAUCUGCGUUCUUUUUUCUCAGCUCGAUGAGAUUUUUCUGAUAUGAGAAACAAGUGAAGUUUGGAGGGCAGUAAGUAAAUAGAUGGAGUCAAAGCCAUUGAGACUGAUAACCCAUCAAUCAUUUUUCAGAGCCAUUGGAUCUGGAGACCUUGAGUCUCUCAAAAACAUCAUCAAUAAUGAAGGGUUGGAUCCAUCUUAUUCUCUGUUGGGCUUACAGAACGAUGCAGGUGAAACUGCUUUGUAUGUUGCUGCUGCCAAUAACUUCCAGCAGAUUGCAAGUUAUUUGCUUGGAUUCUGUGAUUUGGAGACUGCGUUGAUCAGGUCCAAAGCUGAUUUCAAUGCAUUUCAUGUUGCUGCAAAAAAUGGCCACUUGGGUAUUGUGAGGGAACUUUUGGCCAUGUGGCCUGGACUUUGUAAAGUAUGCAAUGCCUCAAAUACAAGCCCUCUUUAUUCAGCUGCUGUCCAGGGACAUUUGGAUGUUGUGAAUGCCAUUUUAGAUGCAGAUGUGAGCUCCAUACGAAUUGUUAGGAAGAAUGGAAAAACUGCACUGCACACAGCUGCUAGGUAUGGCCUUCAACAUAUCGUGAAAGCACUUAUAGAGCGAGAUCCAGAUAUAAUAUCCAUCAAAGAUAAAAAGGGUCAAACUGCACUUCAUAUGGCUGUUAAAGGUCAAGAUACUUCUGUGGUGGAGGAAAUACUGGAUACGGACAACUCAAUAUUGAAUGAGCGUGACAAGAAGGGCAACACAGCGCUGCAUAUAGCCACACGGAAAUGUCGUCACCAGAUCGUAAGCCUUCUGCUCACUUACACGUCCCUUGAUGUCAAUGCAAUUAAUAACCAAAAGGAAACUGCAAUGGACUUAGCAGAUAAACUACAAUAUGGAGACCCGAGUUUGUUAAUUAAGGAAGCCCUGGCUGAGGCUGGUGCAAAACAUGCCAGAUUUGUGGGUCAAUUUGAUGAAGCAUCAGAACUUAAGAGGACUGUAAGUGACAUUAAGCAUGAGGUGCAGUCCCAGCUUAUACAAAACGAAAAGACCCGAAGGCGUGUUUCUGGUAUUGCUAAAGAACUUAGGAAGAUUCAUAGAGAAGCUGUUCAAAAUACCAUUAAUUCUGUGACUGUGGUUGCUGUUUUAUUUGCCUCUAUUGCUUUUCUGGCUAUAUUCAGCUUGCCAGGCCAAUAUCUGGAGACUGGUCCUGAAGCAGGAAAGGCCAGAAUUGCCGAUACUGUUGCGUUUCGUGUGUUCUGCCUCCUGAAUGCUACCUCUCUCUUUAUAUCUCUCGCUGUUGUCGUCGUUCAGAUUACUCUGGUUGCCUGGGAUACUAGAGCUCAAAAACAAAUUGUCUCAGUCGUGAACAAGUUGAUGUGGGCAGCCUGCGUUAGUACUUGCGGAGCAUUCUUAGCUGUUGGUUUCGUUGUUGUAGGGAAGAAAAGUUCAUGGAUGGCAAUCACUAUUACUGUGCUUGGUGCACCAAUUCUUAUUGGAACGCUGGUUAGCUUGUGCUACUUCGUUUUCCGACAGCAUUUUGGAAUAUGUGGUAGUGAUUCUCAAAGGCGUAUCAAAAGAGCAAGUGGGAGCAAAUCUUUCUCGUGGUCAUACUCUGCACAUAUUUCUGAUUUGGAUGACUACAACUCUGAUGAGAAAAUUUAUGCUCUGUGACAUUGUGGCAUGUUCUAUCUGAAAGAGUUUUACUACAUAAUCACGGCUUUCCACAUAUCGUUAAAACCUACUCCUAACAAGUUGCUGGAUCAAAAUGGCUUUCCACGUAUCGUAGGGACGAGAUAUAUUGAAAGUGUAAUGAUACUCUGUUUACACCAGUGUCCCUUUUUUGUGUUAAGAUCCCAUGUCAUCGAGAAGGGGUGUUUGGUCAAGAUACACAUGCAUCAGGUAUUCAUUUUGAAAACAAUGCAAGAAAAUUCCUCCUAUUUUUUUUUUGCUCAUAGCGCGUGGUAUGAUGAAUUGGAAAAGUAAAAUCUGGAGCUGGUAGUUAGUUGUAUAGGUUAAGCUUUGCUUCAGUCCUUCAGGAUGUCCAUUUAUAUAAGGUCAUCUGUUUCUAAUAAAUACUUUUGUGGUGUGCACCCAUUUGAUGUAGAAUAAGAGUAUGAAUUGAGGUUUGUACAUACUAGUGCAGGACUCAAUAAAAAGCUUGUAAGUUUGUUGGAAGAAACUAUAGCAUAACAAGAUUUGUUUUACAGCAGCAGUGUUACUAUUAUUUUACUGA